AUGACUCUCAACCCUCCCCUUCGCGGCAAGUUGCUUGCGGAGUUGGAAGACGAUGACAGCCUCCCUCCGAGCAUCCCCUCCGGGAUGAUGAGUCCAGCAGCGCUAAAUCUCCGACGUAUUCAUGAGCAGGCCGGAACGAGACCCCAGGUCAGGCAUGCGCCGGCCUCCGCCGACCCCGUCAUGGCUCAGCCUGCCAAGGGCAAACCGAGGUUGCUACUUAUGGGCCAGAGAAGGAGUGGCAAGUCUUCCAUCUCGAGCGUCGUCUUCCACAAGUUGCCACCCAACGAAACCUUGUUCCUCGAGUCCACGGCGCGCAUACAAAAAGACUCCAUGGCUUCCUUCAUGGACUUCCAAGUAUGGGACUUCCCAGGUCAGAUAGACGUUUUCGAGAACCCUAAUUUCGACAUGGACGCCAUAUUUGGUGAGAUUGGCGCCCUCAUCUGGGUCAUCGAUGCCCAGGACGACUACCUCGAGGCCGUCGCACGUCUCAACUCGACCAUUCUCUCUCUGCAGGGGCACUACCCCAACAUCAACAUCGAGGUCUUCAUCCACAAGGUCGACGGUCUCUCCGACGACUACAAGCUUGACAUUCAGCGUGACAUCACGAUACGCAUUCAGGACGAGCUCUCCGACAACGGAUUCGAGAACGCGCCCGUGACCUUUCAUCUCACGUCCAUCUACAACCACUCCAUCUUCGAGGCUUUCAGCCGCGUCAUCCAGAAGCUCAUUCCCCGUCUCGGCACCCUCGAGUCCAUGCUGACGAACCUCUGCCGCACCUGCCGCUUUGAAAAAGCAUACCUCUUUGACGUGCUCUCCAAGAUUUACAUUGCCACGGACAGUGCCACCGCCGACAUGGCCAGCUACGAGAUUUGCAGCGACUACAUUGACGUCAUCAUCGAUAUCACCGAGGUGUACGGCACCUGGCAACGCAGCGACAAGAGCCGUAGGAAGCUCGAGGGCGAGCCAUGGAACGCCAAGCUUCACAACCAGAUUGGUUGCUCAACGGCGGAGAGCUGUCUAGUGCUGCAUGAGAGCAACAAGCCCAUAAUGUUGCGUGAGGUGGAUCGGUACCUGGCGCUCGUGGCAAUCAUGAAGGACGAUUCGUACGACCGGAUGCCGCUGGUGAAUAUGAAUGUGGAGGCGGUGGUGGAAGGUCUGACCGAGUUCUUUGAUAUUACGAAGCCGGGAAAAUAA